AUGUCAAGCUCAUCUAACUCACCCUUACACCACUCAUUCAUCAACAACCGACAGCCCAGGUCAAACGGACUACCCUACUCAUCCACCCUCACCCCAAACCAUCGACCAUCCAGAUCACUACAGACUAACAUCACCAACAACAACAACAACUCAACAGCACCAUCACGCUCCCUAAUCACAGUCCUACCACCAGCAUCACUACCCUCUAACCCUCCACAAGUACGAUCAUCAACACUCUGCUCUGGAUAUGGCCCCCCAUCUGGAUUCAGCCGAGGGAUCCUCAUUCCCCUCUACCCUACACUCGCCGCUCAAAUGACUGCCAUCGCCCGAGAGUAUGGCUUACCCUCAACCGGCGGAAUGAUGGUCUACAUGAUCGAAGCCUCCCCUCAGUUGGGCGAACUAGCAAAACAUAUGGUCGGUGGUCCCAAGAUUAGCGAGGCAGCCUGGAAUAUACUCUGGUCUGGAAUAUUCGAGGAAGAAGAGGCAGAAGCAUUCGAACGGGAAUUGCUUCAGAGGGAUCAACUCUACUCUGAACCAGCCUCACGUCAGUAUUAUACAAAUAAUAACCCAGAAGCAGAUCUGAAUGAAGAUCAUGAGGAGAUCGAAGAAGAGGAAGCCUUAAACAGUAGUCUCGAAGAUAUCGUCGGAUCUGCCAUCGAUUUCCCGAUCCCUCCUGCGCACCAUCGUCCAUCCCUCACUCCAUCUACCCAAGAUCUUCAUCACCCCCACAACAAUCAUCCAGCUCAGACAUCAUCCAUCUCAUCAUCUGACGAUCCAAGACUCCAUCAUACACAUACUACAUCUACUAUCCAGCGACGUAUCCCCUCAAGGCAACGAACCGACGAUCGUUUCAAACUGGCCGACCGCUUGAUUCAUCAUGCUCACUCCCAUUCCUCAAUCAUCUCAAACAAAAUCAAUCCAACCAGAGUCUCUUCCUCGGCUGACCUCACAUCUAGGCCGACCUCUCCCACUUCGGUACGACCCCCAUUCCGAUCGACUAGGCCCAUCCGCCCGGCCCAUCAUCCAGCACCAAUGUCUGAUCGUGGGAGCUCCUAUUCCGCCUCUUCCCUACGUCCCCGUCGCAUUGGCGCCGGAAUGAUCGUCGGCAAAAUCGAGUUCGACAUCGAUUGCUCUCGGAGUAGUGGUCGUUGGUAUCAACAGUGGCUUAACCCAUCAUCCAAGCUUCCUCGGAAUGAUUACUCGUCGAGUACCACGCCUGUCUCUGCAGACUGCUCUAGACCUCUCCUACUCCCUAACCUGAUCACCCAACGAUCCCAAUCAUCUACCUCCCCCAACCUCCCUCUAGAAAAAGAAUCACCCACCAGUCACUUCAACAACUCUCUACGCUCCACCGAGCUGAGCAGCAGCAGCAGCAGAAAUCAAAAUGAUAACUCUCACAGUUUUCUUGCCUUCGAUGAUCCUGCUCCGCUAUCCGGGUCUGACUUGAGUAGAUCACAACUGGCUCUCGACAAAUCAACUGAUACCCCAGACCGAUCAAAGGAUUAUCGCAAUUCCACUAAACUGACGAGCGAGAAAUACCCACUCGAUUCAGGACGUAUUUUCUAUAGUAGUGAAACUAGGGGAGAAAAGAGUUCACCACCCGGAGAGGGAAAUGAGAGUAGGAGAGUUGGUGGUCGAAUCGUUAGCGAUAAACAUCGGCAAGCAAUCUCCUUGAUCGAAGCCCAAGCCAAGCAUCAAUCCUUGGUCGAGCAGAUCGAUGCCCAAUUAUCCUCGCCGAUCAAAUUGGAGCCCGUCCCACAGCACCAUUCGUAUGGCUUUGGUAACCUGACCAGCACUACCACGACGACCACCUUACCGGGGCUAUCCCUAGAGGUGAGCAAUCGACCGGACCUGGCGGAUUCUAGGUAUAAACGAAACGAGCAAGGCUCGCAUUCGUCUUGUACCAGUUCCCCGGAUACCGACCCUGCGAACAUGACACACUCGAGCACCGGCUCCACUUCCUCCAACUCCUCCGUCGAUGUGCCCGACAACCAAGAACUCUUGUUGCCGGGCUUGUGGGCCUCUAAACGGAGCUCCUCAAUGGCUAUCGAGGCCAAUCUCAAAGAACUCGAGCAGGCACUCGUCAGUCUCUCGCCUCGAGCCUUACGCUCUUCUGGCCCCAAUCCGCUCCCGUCGCCUAUCUCGUUGGCUUCGUCCUCGUCCAACCCUCUGCCGAUUGCCACUCAACCUUCCAAUAAUCUUCUCGCUGGCUCGUCGAUUUGUUCUCCCGAAUACCUCAUCCAUGCCGGGCCGAAUAAGAACCGUCUGAACUCGAGCAGCAGCUCGUCUGCGCUUCUUCAAUCUUCUAAUCAGGAGCAACGUGGUGGGAUGAGCAAGUUCUUCGAUAGCUUGCAAGAGUCUUAUCAGGAGAUCAAAGCUCGCUCUUCUCUCUUGCCCCCUCAACCGCAACACUCUUCCUCUUCGUCCUCUGCUUCUUCUUCUACUCCGUCGGGUUCUUCGGCACUAAGCGCUGCGGAAGUUCCGGUCGGAAAUACCUCCGGCUACACUCGCGAAGACGUCCGCGAAACUCAGGCGCCUACCUCUCCGCUUCCUACAAUCACUUCCUUUUCGUCUAAUCCUACACCUAUUCUUACGCCUGAUCCUACGCCUACAACAACAACAACAACAACAACAGCUACAAGUAAUCGAAGAAAUAACUCGUUCAAACUCCCGCCCAGAACGACCUCCUUCUUCCGCAAAAACUCCUCCUCCUCCUCUGCAGCCUCUUCGACCAUCGCUCUCACCCCUCUCAGCUCGUCGAUCUCGUCUACCUCCCAUCCCAACCCCGACGGGUUCGUCUCCAAGGCCGCUACCCUCGUCGUCGGCAAGUUCCGCAACCAUUCCGGCCAUUUCGCCGGCUUCGCUUCCCCCGCCGCCGUUGCCUCUCCCAAGCGCAAAAUCACGCUCGAGAAUCUCGCCGCUUCGUGA